AUUAAAUUAUAAUUAUCAGUAUACAUAAAAGGCAUUACCAUCUUUUAAAUUUUUUUCAAGAAAAAUUUCACCUCGAUGAAUGCAAGUUCCGAUUAUAUGUUCUGCAUUUAAAAAAAGAUUAUUGUUGCCUAUGUGAUCUGCAUGACUAUGAGUACAAACAACAUAAUCAAUUUUAUCAGGGGUAAUAUUAUGCUGUUUAAGAGCUGAAAUGAAAUUUUUGAAUGAGCAUCUCAUGAAUAUAUACAAAAUGUAAUUGAAAUGAUACCUUCUAUUAUUUUUUCUCUAUCCCAAGCUGUCAUAGUAUCAACAAUUAUAUUUUUUGAAGCUUUUAUUAGUGUGCAAGAACAAUUCGCUUUCAUUGUUCCAUUUUCAAGUCUUAAAGAAUAACCAUUGAACAAUACUAUAACUUCACACAUUUUUAAACACACAAAUAAAUAGACAAAAGGGAAGGAAAUUUUUCUUUUUGUAAUCGUAUAUCAUAUGUAUUUUAUACUUUAUAUGAAUAAAUAUUACAAAUGUUUGAUUUGACAUAAAAUAAUUUGAAAGUCAUAAAACUACACUCUUUUCUUGAGAGGUUAUGUUUUCAAUGUUUACAUGUCCGAUGAAAAUACUUCUAUCUUACAGAUCGAAUAAGUAAAGAAUAAAAAGAAGAACGCAAUUUUUAAAAUGAAAUUGUAUUGUUUAUCAAGUGAACCAACAAAGCCAUGUUUGGUGUUAAGUUUCAAAGGCAUUACAUUAAUGUUGGACUGCGGCUUAAAUAUGCAAUCCGUAUUACAUUUUAUGCCAAUGCCUUUGGUUCCUAGUGCUAAAUUCAAUUCUUUACUAUCAUGGCUUCCUCGUGAUAAUCAUCAAGAUUGGCAGAUAGAAGGGGAAUUGAAAGAAUGUUGUGGUAGAGUAUUUGUAGAUUCUACUCCUGAAUUUUCUCCACCACUGGAGAAAAUAAUUGAUUUUUCAGAAAUCGAUGCUAUUUUGAUAUCAAAUUAUACCUGUAUGUUGGCUCUACCAUUUAUAACUGAAGAUACUGGUUUUAAAGGCAUUGUGUAUGCUACAGAACCGACGUUACAAAUUGGACGAUUUUUUAUGGAAGAAUUAGUAGAAUUUAUUGAACAAACACCUAGAGCAACAUUGGCUAAACAUUGGAAGGAGAUGUUACAUGUUUUACCUCCCCCUUUAGCUGAUGCCCUUAAACCAAAGUCUUGGAAACAUGUAUAUUCGAUGUCAGCAGUUAAUAAUGCUUUGUCGUACAUUCAAACUGUUGGAUAUGAUCAAAAAUUAGAUAUAUAUGGUGCAUUAACGGUAACCCCUAUAAGCUCUGGAUAUUGUUUGGGUAGUAGUAAUUGGUUGAUAUCAUGCGAUCAUGAAAAAGUUGCAUUUGUAAGUGGAUCAUCAACAUUAACAACACAUCCACGUCCUAUGGAACAGGCAACAUUAAAACAUGCCAACUUAUUAAUAUUGACAGGUUUAACUCAAACCCCUACUGCUAAUCCUGAUACAAUGCUUGGAGAACUUUGCAUGACUGUUGCUAUGACCCUCAGAGCUGGUGGAUGUGUUUUAAUACCUUGUUAUCCAUCUGGUGUUGUGUACGACUUAUUCGAAUGCCUUAGUACUCAUUUGGACAAGUCAGGAUUUACGCAAGUUCCCUUAUUUUUUAUAUCACCAGUAGCUGAAUCAUCUUUAGCCUACUCAAAUAUAUUAGCUGAAUGGUUAUCAACAAAUAAACAAAAUAAAGUUUAUCUUCCCGAAGAACCAUUUCCUCAUGCAUUUCUUGUUAAAAAUAAUAGAUUAAAACAUUUUACAUCAACAUAUGCAGAAGGUUUUAGUUCUGACUAUAGACAACCCUGUGUUGUUUUCUGUGGUCACCCUAGUCUUAGAUUUGGGGAUGCAGUUCAUUUUGUUCAGUUGUGGAGUAAUAAUCCACAACAUACAAUAAUUUUUACAGAACCAGAUUUUCCAUAUCUGGAUGCUUUAGCACCAUUCCAACCUUUAGCUAUGAAAGCAGUACAUUGUCCGAUAGAUACAUCCCUUAAUUUUACUCAAGCUAAUAAGUUAAUUAGGGAUUUAAAACCAGAACAUUUGGUGAUACCUGAAUGUUAUACACAACCACCAAUAACAGCACCACAUAGGACAGAUCUUGUAAUAGAACCAGUUGGAGAAAAACCUUUAAUUACUUUUAAACGAGGCGAAGUAAUUAAAUUACCUCUGAAAAGGAAGAAAGGACGAGUAUUUAUUGAACCUGAAUUGGCUGGAAAUAUAGUUCCAAGUGAAGUUCGACCUGGAUUGAGUCUUGCUUCUAUUACUGGCGAAUUAGAAGUUAAAGAUAAUGUGUAUACAAUAAAGAGCAUUGAAGAUAGACCAAGUGGAAAGCGUAAAGCCUCUUCUGGCUCGCCUGCACCUAUCAAAGAAGAAGUUCUAAAGGAAAGAAAACAUGAGUAUGGCAAUGUGGAUCCGCAAGAAUUGCUUCAAAAGCUUAAUCAAGAAGGCAUCUUGGGGGCCAAAUUACAACACAGUCCAACUGCUACCAGUAUUCACUUACAGGAUGAAGAUACUUUAAUUCAAAUAGGAGAUAAUUCAACACACAUUUUCUGUAAUGGUGAUCAAAAGAUUAGAAGGCGACUAAGAAUUAUUAUAAUGCAGUGCUUAAAAAGAUUUUAACAGAACAAUGAUAUCAAAAUAAUGACCAUUUUAUAUAGUGACAACUUUUUAUAAUUUAUUUUUCUACUCAUUGAAAUUUUUGUUCAUUUAGUAUCCAUUAAAAUAUUUACUUUAAAUACCUUGUUUGAAAGUAAGCAAUAUUUACUUUUCGGAUUAUUUAUAAUUAUAUCCCGUGCACAUACAGACAUUAUACAUAGUAUCUACAAAUCCACAUAUAACUAAUGUGGCAGUAUUACACAGUUUAUUUUAUUUAUUACAAUAUUUGAUGCUAUUGUACAUGGAAAACUUUAAUGAAAUUUUUUAUUGACUGGAUAAUACUGUUUUCAAAGAAUGUGUCUCAUCUAGAAACAUAUAACUUAAGUAUACGCUCUGAGAAACUGAAAACUCAUUAUUAAUGAAAAAAACAACUUUUUUUUAUAGUAUCACCUUCUGACGACACCUUUUUUGUUGUUUAAUGUAUAUAUAUAUUUUAUAUCAUUAAUAUAAAAUUGUCUGAAACAUAUCGCUUAUCUAGUAAACUAAAUAAUAAAAAGUUUUUUUGUAAUUCAAUACUUUUUACAAAUAGGUUAAAUAUGAAAAGAUAGUACAAAUAUCGCUUGUGUCUUCUUUUCAAGUAACUACCAUAAGCAUAACGCAAUAAAUAUGAUUAAAAAUUAUUGCAUUGUUAUAUUGCUGCAUUCUGAAUAGGUAUAAUCGUCGUAAUCAUCUGUGAGAAGUUUUAUGUUAUUUGUAUUUUCAUGCAUCAAUGAACGUCUAUUCGAAUCAAAAUUCAUUUAAUAUAAAUUUAUGAAUUAUAAAAACUUCAUUUGGAAUUUAAGAUGCAUGAAUACUUUGAUUAUUCAUUUUUUUAAAUUUCUUUUUUAUCAAUUUUUAUAUUGAAAUUGACAAAAGAAAAUUUGUGUUAACAUACGAAAAACAGUUAUCACAAAUUGAGCCAUAAAAGAAAUACAUUGUAAUUAUUGUUUUUUUAAUGCUCUGCAGAGAGUAUUACAUCAUUUGUAUUUCAUCGAUUCUUAUCAUUAUCAUAAGUUAACUGUUCACUAUAUUAUCGAGUGUUAGAACAUGAAAGUUGUUUCAUUAUAAGUACAUCACUUUCUUACUUGCAUUCAGAGUGCAGCGUUAUGAAACUUAAUUACCGGUAGCCAUGCCAAGUGCUAAACCGGUUACAAAGGAUGUGAUGAAAAAAUGAAAUUCUUUAGGUUUGAAAGAAGUGUCACCGGUAACAGAAUGGUACCAACGUCGUGUACGAGAUUCUCCAUUUUUCAACAAUUGUUCAGCUUUAUCUAAUUUUUUAUCAACAUAUCGCUCGACCUGAAACAAUAAAUUCUUUUACUAAAAUAGAUUAAUUAUAUUUAUCAUUUAAAGGUUAACAUACAAACAUUUUUUUAGUACAACAUACAAAUUUACAAAGGUUCAUCAAAUAAAAUUCGUAAAGAUAAAAA